UAAAGUUUAUCCUGUUUGGUGAAGUGACAUAAAUAAAUUGUGAGUUCCCAAUAAUAGCAUUUGCUAGAAGCUAAACAGCAUUUCCUGAAUCUCAAUCUUGUUUUAAAUUCAUAUGAAUUGAAUGCAUUGUGGCGAACUUGUUUCUUUUCAUUGUUGAAUUACUAGCAAGUGGUAGCAAGUAGAGAGAGUAAAAUAGGGUAUGUCUAGCUACAGAAACUAGCCUAUUUAUAUUAAAACGAAACAGAAAAAUAAAUAAACCAAGGAGAGAAAGGAGCUUACAAAUUUUGGAGCAGCCGCGUAUUGGGAAUUUUCACAAACAAGUAUGUCAUUUGAAUUCUCUUCAUAUUAUAGUUACUUCACCUUUUGAACUGCAUAUGGGCUAUAUUAUACUACAUACUUCUUUUGGCCCAUCAAAUUAGCCCAUUAACUUAUCAAAUGAUCUUCAAAGCCCUAUUUUAUUGGUUUUCAUAAAUUUAAAACAAAAAAUGGGACACAUACUUGAAGAGCCACCAAUUAUGGUACCGAUUCAAGUUGUCUACACUUGCAACUAAUAACAGAUAUAUGCCAUCUCUUGUAAAAUAAAAUAAAAUCUGAUUUACAAAAAAAAACACUUAAUCAAACACACCCUAAAUUUAGAUUCUUUUGUUCCUACUACUACCCAGAAAUUUAAAACAGAUGAAGAGAAAAAAGAGGAGAUAAGUUGAGACAAAAGGUUGGCACCAAAAUCUUGUCGUCAUUAUAACAAUGAAUAGCUGUAUUUCUACAAAUUAGAUUCUAACAGACCUUUGUAAUUAUUGCAAGAACCAUUCACCAACCCCUUAUAAAGUUGGAGAACCACCCUCACUCAGUCCCUCCCCUCCCUCCUUACUCAAUCCCUCCCCUCCUCCGGCGCUGCCCAUCUCUAACACAUAGUUCCGUUUUCAGGUAACAAAUUUCUUUUUCUUUACCAUGCAAUUAAUCAACUAACAUGAUGCUGCAUUACUCUUGCACAGAAUCUUUAUCAUAGAUGAUACUUCUUGAAUCCUUGUCAUAUAGGUCAUGCAUGUAAUGAACUCUAAAAAUAAUCUAUAUAUUGAAGAUCAUGUAAACUUCAAAUAAUAUGUUGGAAAUAGGAGUCGUGAGGGUGUUUGUGAAGGUUUAGGCUUUCUCGAUGGAGUGAAGUCCUAAGUGGAUACUAACUGUACCAAUUUUAGCAAUUCUAUUGACAGCAAAUCCAUGACGUUUUUUAUUAUAUAUUAACAUCUACAUAUAUUUUGACUUGACAUUCCACCAAAUUUGUUAUCUCUCUUGUUCUUCCAGCAAAGAAAUGAUGUCUGCAGAUGCCCAAAAAACCCUGGUGUUCAUUCCAUUCCCUAUAAUGAGCCACCUGGUGUCAGCAGUAGACACCGCCAAGCUCCUUGCCGAUCGAGACGACCGUCUCUACAUUACCAUCCUAAUUAUGAAGCGGACCGUGGACACCAAGAUCAGUUCCUACACUACCAAAUCACACCACCCUCAGAUUAACUUCCUACACCUGCAAGAAAACAAGUCCAUAGCAUCAGGGUCGAUGGAAGACAAGAACUGGGCGUUUCUGUUCGCGGAGAGCCAUAAGGGUCUGGCCAGAGAUGUUGUGGUGGAGAUGAUGGAGAGCCAGAAAGGGACACUUGCUGGUUUUGUGCUCGACAUGUUCUGCACUCCCAUGAUUGAUGUGGCGAAUGAGCUCGGCGCCCCGGCUUACAUCUUUUUCCCCAGUGGAUCAGCUACUCUUGGGCUUAUGUUUCAUCUCCAGAGCUUGAGAGAUGAUCAUGGCAAAAACAUGAAAGAGUAUGAGGAUUCAGAUGAGAAGAUCUCUAUCCCAACUUAUGUUAAUCCAGUACCUGCAAAAGUAUGGCCAAUUAAAGUAUUCGACAAUGAAACUGGUUUUCUAGAAUGUGCCAGAAGGUACAGAGAGACCAGAGGGAUCAUAGUAAACACUUUUCUUGAAUUCGAGCACCACGCAAUUAGCUCGCUAUCUGCUGAAGCUAGAGUCCCACCAGUUUAUCCAGUAGGGCCAAUGAUUCAAGGGCGAGGUGAAGAAAAUGAGGAGAACAAGCGGAAGCGUGAGGAGAUCAUUGCCUGGCUGGACAAACAACCCCACUCAUCAGUUGUGUUUCUCUGCUUUGGAACCCGAGGAAGUUUCGAGGGCGGUCAGGUAAAGGAAAUUGCUGCUGCACUGGAGAAGAGUGGAGUCCGGUUUCUGUGGUCGUUGAGAAAGCCGCCACCUAAAGAAUCAGUUGAGUUUCCAGGGGAGUAUGAGGACCCUGAACAAGCAUUGCCUGAAGGGUUCCUCAGAAAUACUACUGGAAUCGGGAAGGUGAUCGGGUGGGCACCCCAGAUGGCUGUGCUGUCUCACCCUGCUGUGGGAGGAUUUGUGUCACACUGCGGGUGGAACUCGACUCUGGAAAGUGUGUGGUGUGGAGUGCCUAUGGCAGCAUGGCCGCUGUUUGCAGAGCAGCAGGUCAAUGCAUUCCAGCUUGUCAAAGAUUUUGAAAUGGCCAUUGAGAUCAAGAUUGACUACAGGAAGAAAGAUGGUGGUGUUGUGGCUGCAGGGACGAUAGAGAGUGCAAUCAGGCAGCUGAUGGACCCGGAGAACAAGAUUCGACUCAAGGUGAAAGAGGUGCAUGACAAGACUAGAGCGGCCCUUGUAGAAGGAGGAUCGUCCUAUAACUUCUUAGGUCGUCUACUCGAAAAUAUCAUGGAAAAUUAGCCUGUCUUGUGAAGUGAAUGUACUAGAUUGAGAGUUCCCAAUAAUAGCUUUUGCAAGAAGCUAAAACAGUAUUUCCUGAAUCACAGUCUUGUUUUAAAUUCAUAUGAAUUGAAUGCAUUUUGGCGAACUUGUUUCUUUUAAUUGUCGUAUUACUAGUAGAGAGUGAAAGAGUGUAUAUAUAGCUACAGAAACUAACUUAAUACUGUACUAUAUUAAAAUAAAACAGAAAAAUGAAUAAAUCAAAGGAGAGAAAGGCGCUUACAAAUUUAGAGCAGCGGCGGAUGGGGAAUUUUCACAAACAUGUGGUUGGCAUAUGACAUAAACCCAGAGAAACUUCAGAAGAAACUACACCUGCAGUAAUGUGAAAUUACCAAGCUUAAUUCGAUCACGGAUGCCAAUUCUGAAACUCGAGCAAAUUAACUCCACGAAUUAGAGACUCAACAUGUUCUGCACUCCCAUGAUUGAUCUGGCUAAUGAGCUCGCGGCCGCUGCUUACAUCUUCUCCCCGUGUGGAUCAGCUUCUCCUCUGCUUUGGCACCCUGUGGAUGAUUUCAACUGCGCUGGAGCAGAGUGGACUCCAGUUUCUGUGGUCGUUGAGAAAGCCGCCUCCUAAAGAAACAUUGGAGUUUCAGGGGGUAUAUGAGAACCCUGAACCAGAGUUGCCUGACGGGUUCCUCCAACGUACCGUGGGAACUGGGAAGGUGAUCGGGUGCUAUCUCACCCUGCUGUGGGAAGAUUUGUGUCGCAUUGUACUUUAUUCUGGAAAGUGUGUGGUGUGGAGUGCCCGUUGUACGCAGAACAGCAGGCCGAUGCAUUCCUUCUAGUGAAAGAGUUCGAAAUGGCCGUUGAAGUGAAUGUCAUGGAUGAUUACUCUCGGAGAUUUAUCCUGUCGCAGCAGCAUAAUUGGUGAAGUGAAUGGCUUAAUGAACAAGUUCUAGUCAGAAAUAACAUUUACCAGAAGCUAAAAUAGCAUUUUCUGUUCUAGUGAAAGUGCUGUGAAUAUUCACAGCAACUGCAUUUUGGUGUUGUAACUUUGGAUUCAUGAACUAGUAGUAACUGGAGUAAAAGAGUGUAUAUUUAAUUACAGAAACUGAUGCAAAGCAAAAUAUGUACAAGAAAUUAACCUAAUAAAUGU